GUCCUUAUUAUUUUGAUAUUUUCGUUUGUUCUUACUUGUCUGUUUAAAAGCAGUAUACCCAAAGUCUUUAGCAUAGUCAAUUGCGUAUUUAUGAAUCUUUAUUUAUUCAGGUCGUGUCCAACAGACACUUUUGAGGCAUGGGCCCAACUUGUGGAAUUAAUGUUUAGCGCUGUGAGGGAUGGCUAUUAUUUAUUUGUCAGAAAGCUGCGUAGAAGCAAUUUCUCUCUAGGCCAAAAUGGCUGUGUUAUUGCUAAAUCAUCCUCAAAAAAUGAAAAACAAAUUAAUUAUUGUGAUAAAAGUGCGAAAGAAGAAUUUAAGAAUUGUGGGGGGAGACAAAGUGUUUCUUUGGAAAUUUAA